GUCAACAUUUGUCCAGAAAGAGGCAGCACAGAGAAAGUGAAGGUCGGACACAAGACAGAGGGAAGGAUAAAUCGAGGGAGGAGUGGGUCAUUUUUUCCCUUGUCGGUGGACAUCGGUUCUGGUAUUACACUAGACAUAAUCAUUUAGCAGGGAUCCAGGCAAAACCAAUCAGAUUACACUAGCAUCGUGAUAUCAACCUUGUGGGACAGACACAGCAGAAGGAAGAAGCAGAGAGUGGUGUUGGGAGUGUUUUGGGGACAGUGCUACGAUGACUGGGGUGUGGCAAUGUGUUACCAUGCUAAUGGUGGUGUGUGUGUGUCUAUGGGGGUCGGCGGAGGCGAUUGGGGGAGCAAAGAGCCGACCACGACCCCAGAGGAGACCCAUCAAGAAGCCCAAGGUGAACCCCAUUGACGACACCCCCCCAGCUCAGAACAUUGACAUACAACAGCUCUCUCUGUUAGCACUACCACACGCCUUAACCACCAGUGUUGGGAGAUCCUGCAGGCGUACACCAUCACCCCCACCCCAGGACGCCUUGUACUCAAUGGUAGUAGACCGUUGCUGAACACUGAUAUAGUGAUUGGAGAGUCAGACUAUAGCUCCUACGCUGUGUUUUACUACCAGAAACAGGGACAGCUCACCAUGAAGCUCUACGGCAGAUCCAAGGAUACCCUUUCAGAAGCCAUCUUGGAUAAGUUUGAGGACCUGGCUGAGAAAAAGGGGCUGGGAUUGGCCUAUGUGUUUGCCUUCCCCAACUACAGUCACUGCGAGUCUGUGGACAAGGACCAUGUGAUCAACUGCGUGCCAACAUGUUGAGGAAGAUUCCAAGAGCCUGUAUUCUGACUGCUCAGCAAUACAUUGCAUAUUAAAAUGAUUGAAUUGCUUA